AUGACCCAAAUCUCUGAGUACGCCUCAGCUAGAACGCUUAUGGAAGAUAAUUCGGCAGUAUUGGAGAGUUACAUCCAGUCCAUCUGUCCACACUUGACCUUAUCGAAUGCUACUCUGGUUCCAUACUCUAUUCUACGAUAUUGUUUACAAGAUCCUACGAUCCCGAUCACCAAUUUACUUCAAACCCCUCUCAAUCAAACCGCUCAUCUAAAUGGAAAACCCGUCAUUCAUAGAGCUUACAAUGUAAUGGGGCGCAUCAUAUUUCUCCUUUUUAUCUUUAGUUUGUUUCUAUUCAGCUUUUACCGGCUCGUUUCAAGGAAAAAACACGACCCCAUCAACAAUGAUAGAGUCGAGGAGUACACUGGGGAUGUUGACGGGGUACCGCUCUCGAUGGUAUCAGCAGAUGGCAUGGACAAUAUCCCCAUUACUAUUAAAGACCUUCCGUACUUUUCCAGGUAUAUUCAUAAAACUAUUCCUUCCGAACCCCCGACAUACUAUGAACAACAGCACUACAGUAACUGCGCAGGGUGCAUAUAUUGUAAUGAAGAUGUCCUACCGAAAUACAAGUUCCCAAGAAGGAAUGGUGUGGCCUUUACUCAACAGGAUAUUUCAUCAGUACUGGGAAUCCCAUUACCUUCCCUAUCUCUGAACAUUGAAAAUGUGGAUGACCGUACGAUGUUUGAACAAAGGACGUUUGAAGAUGAAGACAAGAGCGUAUCUUCUCCUAGCUAUACCGACAACAACUACUACCCACAGUGGCCUGAUCCUUCCUACAUUACUAUGCACCAACAGAGACAUAUUUAG